UAAAGUAAAUAAUUAAAAUAUGAAUAUACGAAUGUUUAGAGAAAAGCUAUUUAUUUACAUUGACAUUACACUUAAUGCAUUUAGAUUUCUUUACACUUAUUAGUUAGAGAAUAAAAUACCUUUCGUCAGUUUACUGUGUCCCCGAUAUAAUUACUUUGGUUACAUCAUCUUUAUAUACGUUAACUUAAUAUGAAGAAUACAAUACAGAUACAUUUUAAUGUUUCAAAGAAUUAAGUUCUUGUACAAUAUGCUGGAUAAAUUGGAAUUCUACUGCAUUUGAAACAUCAUCAUCAAGGAAAUGUUCAAUAGACUCUUAUGCAUCUAUAUCAUACUGAAAUAGUUUAUUUAUUAUUGAAAAUUAUAAUAAAAUUCAAAAAGAAAAGUUAAAGAUAGUGCUAUUAAUGACAAGUGCUGCCUCUAGCAGCAACAUUUCAAUAUAGAGCAUGCUAAUUGCCAAACCAUGUUGGCGAAUCAUUCAAAACAGUUCUAUCCAUCGCUCUUUUAAUUGCUUAUAAUGUUUUUAAUUUUAUGUUUCGUAGCCACUGACACUACUGCAUUUAUGUUCUUUACAAUACUAAUAUGCGCAUCCAACAAUAAUUUCAUAUUCAAAUAUUAACAAUAAUUACAAGUGUGUCAUUUGCUGAAAUCACUAAAAAUGCCAGCAGCAUAUUAUGCAGUUGCCAAAGGUCAUCAACCUGGUAUUUAUGGUACUUGGGAUGAAUGUAAAGCUCAAGUACACCAAUAUCCUGGUGCUAUAUUUAAGAAAUUUCCAUCCCAAAAAGAAGCGGAAAGCUUUAUUCGAGAAAAGACAAGUACUGCAAAAGGAAAGGUGAAUUCUGCCAAAAAAGAGACAAAAAAUAUACAAACUCUUGGUAAUAUAAUCUCAGCAAGAAAAAGAUCAUUACCUGCAAUAGAUAAACAUGUCAAAGAGAAAUUACCUAGAAAGAAAAUCAAACUAAUAGGUAUAAGCGAUAUUCCAUCUACAUCCACUGAACAAACGUCAUCUUCAAAGUUUACUAUUGAUGAUGAUGGAUAUGUCAAUGUAUACACUGACGGAGCUUGCUCUUCAAAUGGUUAUAAGAACGCACAAGCAGGUUUAGGUGUAUGGUUUGGUCAAGAUCAUCCCUUAAAUGUAUCACAACCAGUUGUUGGUAGAGCAACUAAUAAUAAUGCAGAGAUUCAAGCUGUGACUAUGGCUGCAAGAAAAGCAAAAGAAGCAGGUAUAGAAAAACUAAAGAUUAUUACAGACUCGAAAUUCUUGAUCAAAUGCAUAACUGAAUGGAUGCCAAAGUGGAAGAAAAAUGGAUGGAAAACUGCAAAUGGUGAUCCAGUUAUAAAUAAAUUAGAAUUAUUAGAAAUGGAGGUGGCACUGAAAUCAUUAAAAAUAGCUUGGAAACAUGUUAAUGGGCACGUUGGAAUUCAUGGAAAUGAAAUGGCUGAUAAAUUAGCAAGAGCAGGUUGUUCAAAAUAAUAAAAAUAUUUAUUACAUAAACUAUAUAAUACUCGAAAUAUAUUUAUUUUUAGACAAUA